GUCCUGCUCAAGCUGAAGCAGCUCCCCUCUACCUCGGUCCCAGCCGAGCUCCCUGCCUCCUGCAGCCUCCCUCCUUUUCCACAUGACCGCGAGAAGAUGACUAUCACCAGUCGGCAGUCCUUGAAUGUCCUGGCGGUCAUCUUCCUGCUGCUGUCCACUGCAGCACUUUCAGCUCACUACCGGGUGUGCGAGCCCUACUCCGACCACAAGGGGCGCUACCACUUUGGCUUCCACUGCCCCCGACUGUCGGACAACAAGACGUACAUGUUCUGCUGCCACCACAACAACACGGCCUUCAAGUACUGCUGCAACGACACCGAGUUCCAGAUGCUCAUGCAGAUCAACCUCACGACCACCGCCGAUGGCUAUUCGCACAAGUCCGGCUUCUUCGUCAUGGUGCUGCUGGCUCUGGACUUCCUCUACUACUCGGCCAUCAAUUAUGAGCUUUGCCGGGUCUACCUGGAAAAAUGGGGGCUGGGCGGCCGCUGGCUGAAGAAGGCCCGCAGUCAGUGGCAACGCUCCAUGGAGGACGAGGGCCAGGCCCAGGCUCCGCCCACGGUGCCCGGCCUCUACCAGCCUCGACAGAGCCUCCGAGGGGAGAGCCACAGCCCCACGCUGCUGCCCCACAACACGUCCAGCGCAUGAGCUAUGCGGCCGGCAGACAAGUAGCACGCCGUAUUCCCAGAGGCCAGAGGAGAACCCCCCCACCCCCCUACAGACACUGCACCCACACUUAGAUAGCCAGCCAUCCAGGACGUCUUUGGGCAGGGAUGCCCCCCGCCCCCCGACCCCCCACCUCUGAUGAGCACCAGCCAGCUGUGGAAUGACAUCGCUGGCAUUUAACAAGCCAGCUGAGCGACCAGGACCGGUCGAGUCGCGUCGCCGCAGCUGAGCCGAGCCAAGCUGACCGCCCGGGAUAAGUGAGGCUCGAAUGUCUGUCGGCAAGCCGAGUGCGGUCGGGAACUGGAUGACGUGGUCGGACCUGAAGGUUUUCAAAUAUGAAACGUUUAUUCGACUGUCGUGUCGGUUUGUGUUGCGUAGCAGUUAGACACUGUUCGCUAUUUUAUUUCUGUGGUGGUCACACAACACGGAGCGCUGAAUCUUUUGGGGGCGACGUGUGAUUCCUUAGGUGGAUGCUGAGCAUCUCACGUAGACUCCGCUGUGUUUUCGUUUCUCGAGUGGCCAUUAUGACUGUCAAACCAUGUGAGGAAGUCAAGAAUAAUGGUUUAUUCAACAAUUGUUGAAGUGACUGGAAUGAGGGCUUUGGUCACAAGAGAAUGCUUACAA